GGAUCUGAUAAAACGGGGAGGUGGUUCCGUUGGCCGUGUUCCUUCCAGGCACGAAGACACUCCCGAGUCGUCCUCUGUCUCCAACUUCGAAUGUUUGUUUAUCCGAGCGGAUCGGCGUCGCAGUUGCUCUUCGACCGCCUCUCACGGCGUUUACCUCUUCGCUCGCGGCCCGUUCAUCGGAGCGUCAAUGGAAUUCUUUCUCUUCGAGUGGAAAACCUCCUCGAAAGCAGUUCCCACCGACGGACGGGAUAAUAAAACAGCGCUCUGUUCUAAACUGCGUAAAAGUGACGCCCGUUUCUUUUCUUUCCCCUCCAGUCGCGUUUGAAAAUGAACUACCCUCGGAAAGUGAUCGGCUACUGGAUGUCGGAGAAGAAGAGCCAGAAGCUCAACUGGUCCGAAUUCGCCAAAGUGUGCAGGGACCACGGCUUCGAACUCGUCAAGCUCAAUUUGGACCGGCCGCUAGACGACCAGGGGCCCUUCACUGUCAUUAUACACAAAUUGACGGACAUAAUUGCUCAAGCUAUUAAGGAUGACUUGAAGGCAAUGAGGAUGUUGGAACACGUGGACAACUAUAUAAAAACGAACCCAGACGUGGUUAUUAUUGACCCAUUUGACAAUGUCAAGAAGCUUCUUGACAGGUACAGAUCGUACAGGGUCAUUCAUGAUAGCGACCUCCAUAAAAUUGAUGUAUUUACACCUGCUUUUGUGGAAUUGAUAUCGUACGAUGUCUCUGAAAACUUGAAAACUUUAAAAGAGGCAGGGAUUACUUUCCCAUUUGUGUGUAAACCGUCUGUCGCAAACGGCACCGAUGGACAUAAGAUGGCAAUUGUUUUUAAUGAAAAUGGAGUCAAGGAUUGCCAGCCUCCUUGUGUUGCUCAUUCUUUUGUUAACCACAAUGCAAUUCUUUUCAAGCUGUUCAUUGUAGGCGAUGAAUACCACAUAGUUGAAAGACCUUCCCUUAAGAAUUUCUACCCAGACCCUGACAGGAAAACAAUACAUUUUGAUAGUCACAAAGUUUCAAAGUCAGAUUCCAGCUCAUCUCUGAGUGUACUUGAUGAAGAAGAAAACGAAAUGAGCCGUCAAGGUGCCGAUCCUCAUAAGUUGAAACAGAUAGUUUCAAUAAUCAAGGAAGAGCUUAAUAUGAGUUUACUUGGUAUAGAUGUUGUUGUUGAAAAAAAUACUGGGAGGCAUGCUGUGAUUGAUAUUAAUCCUUAUCCAGGAUAUGAAGGUUACCCAGAUUUCUUUGAUAGUCUCAUGAGGUGUAUCAAAAGAAGCAUAGAGUUGAAAACAUUGUCUCCAAAUCUUUUCCCAGAACAGGAUGAUUCGGGGUUUGACACUGCUGAUUCAUCGGAUGAAAAGAAGAGGCGUACUUCUCCACCUUUAAUAGCUACAAAAACUGUAGAACGACAUCUGUAGCUAAAGCUUAUUGACCUCUUCACAAGGAUUUUAGUUGAGAUAAAAAAGUCAGUGUCACGAGCGGGAUGCGAACUUACGACGUUCGGCUUGAUACUCCGCUACUCUACCACUUGAGCUUUCGUGAAAAAUGGCAAAAAGGAGGGAAAAUUCAAUUUUUCUCGGUUUUUAUAAAUUUCAUACUAUUUUAGAUUUACUACAGUCCUUAAAAUAUUUUUAAAGGAACAAUUUUUUAAGAAUUUUUGUUUUAUUAGUUAUGUAAGUGCCAAGAUGAUUUUUGUUUUUUAUUUGUAUGAAUUUUCACAGGCCUCGUAAAUUUUUCUGUGUACAAAUAAAUUGCUUCCAAAAGAGAUGAAUGACUUGAAAGGUGUGCUUUAAAAAUUUGUCAAAAUAUUUUAAUAAACGGUAAUAAGAGUGCUUGGUAAAAUUGUUCAUUAUAAAAAAUCAACAUAAAAAAUCUUUAAGUAAAAGAAAAUAUGUGAUACUCGUACAUUAUAAGUCCCCUGUCUAUAUUUUUUUUUCAUAUAUCAGCGUAUAUUUAUGAUUAUAUACAUUUGUAUUGUUUAUGUUGAAAUCAGCACUUUGAAACAAAUGUAUUUAAGACAAUACAUAAAAGAAUUAUCCUAUUU